GCGCUCCUCUGCACCCUACGUCAGACCGGGCGCGUGGCCCCGAGAAUAUAUAAUUUCGCCGAUUCCGCUCACUGCUGGUCGAAGGCGGAGUCGCGCGCACCUCAAUCUCCUGAUCCGAUCUUUGCGAGCAGGAGGCGCAGAUGUAAACGCUGUAGAGCUGCCACAGUCUCAGCGCGGGCGCGUUCCAAUCGAUCGCUCGGGGGCCGUCGUACUCCGCUCUGCUCCUGCUCCUCUCCUGCUCCUCUCCUCCACCAUCGCCUGUGCAGUGUGCCGCACUCCCUCCGAGCCGCUGCUGCCAUCUUUUGCGCCCAGAUUUCCAACGAUUUCUCCCGGCUCGGCCUGCAAUGGCGUCGGGCUGCAUUCUCGCACCACGCCUUGUCGCAAGAUCUCCUGUCAGUUCUUGCUCAUGUCUGUCUCCUGCUCUCGCGUCUUCCUCGUCCCUCGCCGCUCUGCCAAGUGUCUCUCCUGCUGCCACCGUCGCAUCUGGUCUCCAUCUGAAAGACAGGCUCCGAAUUCCCGCUUUUGAUGGCCUCCAUGGAGCAUCCAAGCUCAGCAAAUCUCUAGGCACUCAUGAAUCUCCGGCCAGGAGAAAGAAUGUCGGCCGCAGCCAAACCUGGAAGCAGGCUUGUGCAUCGCUCGUCAAUGGAGCUGGAAUUGCCGCGCCUGCGGCAAGGACUUAUGAGGUCGCGAAUAUGGAAGAUAUUCUAGCAGAACGAGAUGCGUGCGGAGUUGGCUUCAUUGCCAACUUAAAAAAUAAGGCGUCCUUCGAAGUCGUCCAAGAUGCUCUCACUGCUCUAAGUUGUAUGGAACACCGAGGAGGAUGCGGAGCAGACAAUGAUUCGGGUGACGGUGCAGGAGUCAUGACAAGGAUUCCGUGGGAGCUGUUCGAUCAUUGGUUCAAGGAGCAGGGUAAACCUCCUGUCAGCGGUGCGAAGGUGGCAGUGGGAAUGGUGUUCCUGCCACAGGAUGAACAGCUGCAGUCUGCAGCCUUAGCAGCCAUGGAGAAGGUAUUUGCCGGCGAAAAAUUAGAAAUUCUAGGUUGGAGGCAGGUACCUUGCAACGAAGCAUGUGUAGGGUACUAUGCGAAGAAAACAAUGCCAAGCAUUCAACAGGUCUUUGUGAAGCUUGCAGCAGAAGAAUCAGUCGACGACAUAGAAAGAGAGUUGUACAUUACCCGCAAGUUAGUGGAGAAGUUAGCUCUAACUGAGCCGUGGGGCGAGGAGACUUACUUUUGUUCAUUAUCCAGUCAGACGAUUGUCUAUAAAGGAAUGCUGCGAUCUGAAGUCUUGGGAGAGUUCUACCUGGAUCUGCAAAAUGAGUUGUACAAGUCUCCAUUUGCUAUUUAUCAUCGACGCUUCAGUACAAACACAAAUCCACGAUGGCCCCUUGCUCAACCAAUGAGGUUUUUAGGGCACAACGGAGAGAUUAACACUCUGCAGGGUAAUCUGAAUUGGAUGCGAUCACGUGAGGCGACAAUGUACAGCCCUGUCUGGCAUGGUAGAGAAGAGGACAUUAGACCGAUUGGUAAUGCAAAAGCUUCUGAUUCCGCCAAUCUGGACAUCACAGCUGAGUUGCUUAUCCGAAGCGGACGCAGCCCGGAGGAGUCAUUAAUGAUUCUUGUUCCAGAAGCCUACAAGAAUCACCCAACUCUUGAUGUGAAGUAUCCAGAGGUUAAGGACUUUUAUGAUUAUUACAAAGGUCAAAUGGAGGCCUGGGACGGCCCUGCACUUUUACUGUUCAGCGACGGAACAACCGUAGGAGCGUGCCUUGAUCGAAACGGUCUGCGUCCCGCGCGUUAUUGGCGAACAGAAGACGACAUGCUCUAUGUGGCGUCUGAGGUUGGAGUGCUUCACUCAAAUGAGGAUAAAGUCAUCAUGAAAGGGCGUCUUGGGCCUGGUAUGAUGAUAUCGGUCAACUUAGAAUCUGGCGAGGUUUUUGAAAACACAGAAGUAAAGAAGCGCGUUGCUAGUGCUAAACCAUACCGACAAUGGCUGGAUGAAGGAAGUCGGACACUUCCAAAGGCGAGCUUUUUGAGCUCGACCCAGUUGGACUCUGAAAGUUUACUUCGACGUCAACAGGCAUUUGGUUAUUCUUUUGAAGAUGUCCAAAUGGUUAUUGAGAAUAUGGCGUCCCAGGGAAAAGAACCAACCUUCUGUAUGGGUGAUGACAUUCCUUUGGCAGUUUUGUCUCAGAGAGGCCACAUGUUGUAUGAUUACUUCAAGCAGCGAUUUGCGCAGGUAACUAAUCCAGCUAUCGAUCCUCUGCGAGAGGGAUUGGUAAUGUCAUUAGAAGUCAACUUAGGAAAGCGAGAAAAUCUGCUGGUACCUGGACCAGAGAAUGCUGCACAGAUGACGUUGUCGAAUCCUUUUCUAAGCGAGAGCGAGUUGGAAUUGUUGGAAGGGGAUCCUAUCUUUCAAUCUUCAACUCUCCCAGUAUUUUUUGAUAUUAGUAAUGGCAUCGAAGGCUCGCUACAGAGGGCACUAGACAACCUAUGCGAAGCUGCGGACGAAGCAGUCCGUGCCGGUUCUCAGCUUCUAAUAUUGAGUGAUCGUAGUGACGAUAUGCAAGCGAGCCGGCCAGCAAUUCCUAUCUUGUUGGCAGUGGGAGCUGUGCAUCACCAUCUCAUUCAAAAUGGUUUACGGCUCUCAGCCUCUAUAGUUGUUGAGACUGCUCAGUGUUUCAGCACACAUCACUUUGCUUGCCUCAUUGGAUACGGGGCUAGUGCCGUGUGCCCUUAUCUGGCACUUGAGAGUUGUAGACAGUGGCGAUCUAGCUCCAAAACUGUAAACCUGAUGAAGAAUGGAAAGAUUCCGUCGACCACAGUUGAGCAGACGCAAAACAAUUUCCGCAAGGCUGUUAAAGCAGGACUUCUGAAGAUUCUUUCGAAAAUGGGCAUAUCAUUGCUCUCAAGUUACUGUGGAGCACAGAUUUUUGAAAUCUACGGACUAGGUGCAGAUGUUGUCGACAUGGCCUUUCGAGGAUCAGUUUCCAGAAUCGGGGGUUUGACAUUAGACGAACUGGCCCGCGAGAGUGUGUCAUUUUGGUCUAAGGGCUUUUCAGAGGAACAAGUCAAGAAGCUCGAGAACUUCGGUUUCAUUCAGUUCAGGCCCGGAGGUGAAUACCAUGGGAACAAUCCUGAGAUGUCAAAGUUAUUGCACAAGGCUGUCCGCGAGAAGAUGGAGAGUGCAUAUGCAGUUUACCAGGAGCAUCUAUCCACCCGCCCUGUCAAUGUGCUACGGGAUCUGUUGGAGUUGAAAAGUGAUCGACCUGCAAUCUCCACGUCGAAGGUGGAACCUGCGACGAGUAUAGUUGAACGCUUCUGUACUGGUGGCAUGUCUCUGGGUGCUAUUUCUAGAGAAACUCAUGAAGCUAUUGCGAUAGCGAUGAAUCGAAUUGGUGGGAAGUCUAACUCUGGUGAAGGUGGUGAGGAUCCUGUGCGCUGGAGGAAUCUUGACGACGUACGUGAUGGAUACUCACCAACUUUACCUCACUUGAAAGGUCUACAAAAUGGGGACUUGGCCACUAGCGCUAUCAAGCAGGUCGCUUCUGGACGGUUUGGUGUCACUCCAACUUUCUUAGCCAAUGCCGAGCAACUUGAAAUCAAGAUUGCACAAGGGGCUAAACCAGGAGAGGGUGGUCAACUGCCAGGAAAGAAGGUCAGUGGCUACAUUGCUUUACUAAGAAAUUCGAAGGCUGGUGUGCCACUGAUCUCCCCGCCUCCUCACCAUGACAUCUACUCCAUCGAGGACUUGGCACAACUCAUCUAUGAUCUUCACCAGGUCAACCCGAAUGCCAAAGUUUCAGUCAAGUUGGUGGCCGAAGCUGGAAUUGGAACUGUUGCAAGUGGUGUUGCCAAAGCGAAUGCGGAUGUUAUCCAGAUUUCUGGUCACGAUGGAGGAACGGGAGCUAGUCCAAUCAGCUCAAUUAAACAUGCUGGUGGUCCCUGGGAAAUGGGUUUAACUGAGACUCAACAAACUCUUCUCAACAAUGGGCUUCGAGAAAGAGUGACUCUGAGAGUUGACGGUGGAUUCAAGAGUGGUGUAGAUGUUGUGUUGGCAGCUGCCAUGGGAGCAGAUGAGUACGGUUUCGGUUCGAUUGCGAUGAUUGCAACCGGGUGUGUCAUGGCGCGUAUUUGCCACACCAACAACUGUCCCGUUGGUGUCGCUAGCCAAAGGGAGGAAUUACGUGCACGGUUUCCUGGUAUUCCCGGGGAUCUAGUAAACUAUUUCCUUUACGUGGCCGAAGAGGUUCGAGGCAUCUUAGGAAAGUUGGGCUUUGAAAAGCUGGACGAUAUCAUCGGGAGGGUUGAUUUACUGAAACUGAGAGACACUCAGCUAACGAAGACUCAGCACGUGGAUAUGAGUUUUAUCCUGGCAAAUGCAGGGCUUCCAAAGAUGAGUAGUACUAAGAUUCGACAACAGCCCGUUCAUUCGAAUGGCCCCGUCUUGGAUGACGUUAUUUUAGCUGAUCCUGAGAUCGCCGAGGCUAUCAAAGAAGAAAAGACGGCGGCAAAGAAAUCAAAAAUAUUCAACGUUGAUAGGUCAGUUUGUGGCCGGGUCGCUGGUGCCAUUGCUAAACAACAUGGUGAAGGCUUCGCUGGACGUCUCGACCUUACAUUCGAGGGCAGUGCCGGUCAAUCGUUUGGAUGUUUCUUAACCCCUGGUAUGAACGUCCGUCUUGUCGGGGAGGCCAAUGACUACGUCGGGAAGGGAAUGGCUGGUGGUGAGAUUGUCAUUGUUCCUCACGAUGGCGUGAAGUUCGCACCAGAGGAUGCCACUAUUGUAGGAAAUACCUGUUUGUACGGUGCUACAGGUGGGCAAUUUUUCGCCCUAGGCAAAGCAGGCGAAAGAUUUGCUGUCCGUAACUCUUCAGCAGAAGCAGUGGUAGAAGGUUGUGGAGAUCACAGCUGUGAAUAUAUGACCGGCGGAUGUGUUGUAUCUUUGGGAAAAGUUGGAAGGAAUGUAGGCGCAGGAAUGACUGGAGGUCUAGCAUAUUUCUUGGAUGAAGAUGAUACGUUCACAUCUAAGGUAAACAAGGAGAUUGUGAAAAUGCAACGUGUGAUCUCUCCUGCUGGACAACAACUUCUACGACGGCUGAUUCAGGCCCAUGUGGACAAGACCGGAAGUACCAGAGGACAACUGGUGUUGGAAAAUUGGGAGAAGUAUCUCCCGAUGUUUUGGCAACUCGUUCCUCCUAGUGAAGAAGAUACUCCAGAGGCCAGUGCAGAUUUUCAAGAGAAUGUUCCAAACCUCGUCGCUCAAAGCGUUUGAAGGCUGUUGACGUCGAAGACUAACUGUACAGUUACUAUCAAUAGUUUGUGGAAGAAGUCUCAUAUUGCGACUGUGUUGACACCUUAUUCCACAAUCGUACGGUUAGUAUAUGUAUUUUCUUCCGCAAGGCAAAUGUAUCAUGUUGGUCAGUCGAGGUGUAUAUAAAGAGGAAGGUCUUUUCCUAGUUGCAGAAAUAUGAAGCCUUUUAGUCUGAAUUGGACCUUCCAGAACUGUACGUUACUGAUUGUCCACUCCUAAUUUGGGGAUUAUUUUUGCGAACGAAUGUUGUCUGGAGCGCAAUAAAACCCUAUUAAUACAUUCGGGAAGUACACAGGAACAGUAGGUUCCUUCGAUUGUAUCCGUUUGCUCACUGUUGAGGAUGAAUGGAUGUCAAUACAAGUCAAUCGCCCAUGUGCGAUUGUACGCGAAGAUCAGAUCCCCGAAGAUCACGACAUACAACCAUGAGACAGAAAAGUGUACGCUGAACGGACUUACAAGUCUAGUUAGCUGUAAAACCUUCUGCCUUCGCAGAUUUGAUUAUUACACCUAUUUAUUUUCUCGC